UCGAAAUCAUACCCCGUCCUCUGAGGGAGGGAGAUCGGGUGUCUCUCCACUGCCUGUGCUCUGCCGGACGGGGCAGAUGCGGGGAUGUAUUCCGCGGGCCUCGAGAUCCUGGGCGUGACGUUCUGCGUGGCGGGCUGGCUGGGGGUCAUGGUGGCCUGCUUCCUGCCCAUGUGGAGGGUGGCGGCGUUCGUGGGCCAGAACAUCGUGGUGGCCCAGGUGGUGUGGGAGGGCCUGUGGAUGAGCUGUGUGGUGCAGAGCACUGGCCAGAUGCACUGCAGGGUCUACGACUCCAUGCUGGGGCUCCCCGAGGAGCUGCAGGCGUCCCGGGCGCUCACUGUUGUCUCCAUGCUCCUCUGCGUGGUGGCCAUCGCCCUGUCGGUGGCGGGAGCCAAAUGUACCAACUGCACUGCAGAUAAGGACAGCAAGCCCCGCAUCAUCCUGGGUGCGGGCAUCACCUUCAUCUCCGCUGGUCUGCUGCUGCUGGUGGCAGUCUCCUGGACCGCCAACGUCAUCAUCGCGGACUUCCACAACCCGCUGCUGGAGGAGACGCAGAAGCGAGAGUUCGGGAAUUCGCUGUAUUUCGGCUGGGCUGCCUCCUGUCUCCUGAUCCUGGGAGGGGCCCUGCUGUGCUGCUCCUGUCCCCCAAAGGGAGAGCGCUAUGUCCCCUACACGGUGGGCCACUUGGCCGUCAAGCCUGUCUCCUUCUCCGGACCUGCCAGGAGAGAUUAUGUGUGAGCAGCUUCAGGACCUCAGGACUUUCAGAUAACUUCCCCAAAAAGGCUCUUCCCGCCCGCUACUGGAUCGACAUGCAGAUACGUGGAACACGGCAUUCGAUUUCUGCAGGUCGAUCGUUUCCUUACAAAGCUGCUGCGCGAUGUCAUGUCACACGUCACUGAGUCACUGAGCGGUUGUAAGUUUCAUUCAUUUGGUGCCUUCAAGCACAAAAUGACACAGAUAUGCUGAUCAAACUGCGUAUACAUCAUUCUAGAGACUUCCAGUAGGGAGAAAACACUGGCUCUCCCGUUCGUAUUUUUUAAAUAAAGUCGGUUCAUUCUGUUUUAUCUUUAGUCUGUUUGCUACACUUUUAAAGCUCCCUGUUGCUUUUCUGUUGUACACAUUUAUCAAGCGUCAGGUAAUUCAUGCAUGUUUAUAAAUAUGUCUAAAGGACUUUUAUGUUUUCUAAAUGACCCACUUUGCAUUCCAAAUGUUUUCAUCCUGUUCUGAAUGUGCGGUUUUACUACUGGGUGACGUAUGUGCACAUGAUUAUUGCAAAUGUAUCAUCGACUCUAAAGUGUGAGUAAAGCUACUAUA